ACCUCGCCGCGCUGCGCCGAUUCCCCCACAGAGCACCGCAUCCGCCGCCGCCGCGGGUUGGUCGAGAUGCUGGCGAGAGCCUUCCUCCUGGGAAUCCAGGCUCUGCGCCGCGCCACUGCGCCAGGUCAAAAUUCACUCACUUCAAGGAGGAAUGAAGCAGAGGUUGUUACCUCUCGUGUGAACCAUGUGGGGAAGACUUUCUUCUGUUCGAACACAAAUGCUACAUCCAAUGACAGGAGCAGUGACUCAGAAGCUAAGAUAUCCGUGACUUUUAUUGAUAAGGAUGGCGAGGAAAAGCUUGUUAAAGUUCCUAUAGGAAUGUCAAUGCUAGAGGCAGCGCAUGAGAAUGACGUAGAACUUGAAGGAGCAUGUGAGGGGUCUCUUGCAUGUUCAACAUGCCAUGUGAUUGUAACGGAUGUUGACUACUAUAACAAAUUGGAAGAUCCUGUGGACGAGGAAAACGAUAUGCUGGACCUUGCAUUUGGGCUUACAGAGACAUCCCGUCUUGGUUGCCAAGUAAUUGCAAGCCCUGAGCUCGAUGGAAUACGAUUGGCACUGCCAUCAGCUACCAGAAAUUUUGCUGUUGAUGGGUAUGUUGCGAAAUCACACUGAUUUCAACACGAUCAUGAAAGGUGCAUGUUGGAUGCCUCUCCAGUUUUGCAGAAUACGAGAUAUAGUUAUUGACGUACCCUCAAUAUUUAAAUUCUAUUCUACAGGAAAAAAGUUAACUUCUAUGAUGAGUUCCUCUCUAAUUUUUCUUUUCAUGGCAAAUGGGCCGAAAUGCUUUUAAAACAGCACAUGUAAAAUUAAUUGGAAUAUGCAUCAUUGAUUGAAAUAUGAGUAACAAUUUACGAUGAAAAAUAUGGCAACUUUAUUCC